GCUCAAAACUUGACGUCAUCUCGUCCCGACCCGUCUCGCUGCUCUCAUCUGCACACCCUCGCAAACUCAAUGCCGACGAAACUACAAGGAAGCUGCCACUGUGGCGCCGUGCGCUUCAGCGUCCUAUCGAGCACCGCCGUGCCAUACCAGCUCUGCGUCUGCUCGAUCUGCCGCAAAGCUGGCGGCGUCGGCGGGUCGAUCAACCUCGGCGGCCACUCGAAUUCGCUUGAGAUCGAGCGCGGGAAGGAGUUCAUCAGUGUGUACAAGGCUGUGCUUGACCGCGACACGCCGCAAGAACGCACCGCGUCGUCUGAGCGCAACUUCUGCUCCAAGUGCUCGACUAUGCUCUGGCUGUACGACGAAACCUGGCCUGAACUCAUCCACCCCUUCGCAUCAGCGAUCGACUCGCCGCUCGAGACGCCCGACAAACUGGUCGUGGUCAAAAUGAACAGCAAGCCGGCGUACGUGUAUCUGCCGGACGCGCCGAAGGAGACGUACGAGGACUACGGCCCGGAGUCGCUCACGAGCUGGCACCAGAAGCACGGCAAGUACGUCGAGUGAGGCGUACCUUAGUGCUGUAUCACACACACAACGCGGAAUGCACGCAAAGUUCGAUUGUUGGACUGGCGGAUUGACGAUGGGCGUUCAGCCGUGGUAUGGAUCCGCAUCUGAUGGACUAGUGGUGAGUGAGUGCCCGAUAGAUGGCUCGUUCGGGAGGCCGCAUGCUGCUCGUGGAGCGGCGGGCGAUCGUAGCUCGAAUCGUCCAGUCCUGGCACUUAUGUGCGAGGUAUCAGGCCCGACGCGGGAGUGAGCGCCGGCGCCAGAUUCAGUCGUUGGGUGUUUGGAUCGCAGGUCACCCAAGCUCGAGAGACGCUUAUUUGGCGGAUGCGACGAGAGUGUUGAAGGUGCAUGAUGGAUUCCCGGCCAGGCACCCCAGUCUGAUAAGCAUUGAAUGCAUCGAGUCGUGAUUCAACCCAGGUCCACCAGGGAUCAGUGAUCAUCUUGUAGACUCCCGCAACCCCUCCUCGAGGCUCGCACAGGCUCCGGACGAGCCGAUGAUAAGCACCCGCUGAAUGUAUAUAAAAGCUCAGCCGAUCUGUGUGAAGAAGCCCCAGUUUCAGUCACUCGCCAACUUACCUACGAUGCUGUUCAACCUCAAAUCCCUCGUCACCGUCGCUGUGGUUGCGCUCAUGGGCGCAUCCAGCGUCUCUGCUCACUGCCAGUGCAUCCUCCGCAAGGACACCGUCGAGGGCCGUGAGGUCGCUGCCGUCGUUGCUGGCCGUGUCGCCGUCGACUCGUGCUGCUUCUCCGCCCGCGCUGAGCCGACUCCCGUCGCUUAAAUCCGUAGUACUUAGUGCAGACGGUAGUGUUACAAUGAACAAUGCGCAAAGAAACUGUAUCCGCUCGCGCGUGUGAACUAGUGUCAAGCCAACGAAUACAAUUCCUUGUUUCCACGAUGAGUAUGGAGAGAAAAUACAAUUAUGCCAAGGCUCCCGAGUCCCGAGGGGCAUCGCUAUCCCAUCUUGUUGAGUUGCAUAAGCCUCGAUACUCGUUACAAUACACUCGGAAGAGAAUCUGUGAUGCGCAGCGAGAUUGCUAUCCGCGCCCGUCCCUCGUGCUCCUCCCAAGCUACUCCAGGGCACGGCAUAGCCCUUAUCCUCCCCUGCCCUGGGGGGGUCGCAGAUAAGCGGCGGGCAUAUAAGGAGGCAAGCAGAUCCUCAGCGAGCCCAGAAUCGACCUCCCCGUUUCUGCCACCCAGCCAAGAACAUAGUAUGCUGUUCAACCUCAAGUCGGUUCUGACCCUCGCGGUCGUCGGGCUCAUGGGCGCCUCCAAUGUCGCGGCACUCUGCGCGCCGUGCGUCCCGCCCCGGAGCGGCAUCGUCGAGGGCCGCGAGGUCGUCGAUUUCAAGGCCAUUGCUGGACGCGUUGCGCGCGCCAGCUGCUGCUUCGGCAGCCCUCCUUGAGCUGCGGCGGGAAGCGAUCAGACGAGUGUUGUGGCUGCACCCAUAGAUAAUAUAAAUCUGUGUUCAACAAUCAUGCCGUGUCUUUGUCUCUGAAACCAGUGUCGUGAAGAAACCAUGUCUGGAUAUGGCCUCGUGGGCUUGAGAAUCUUGCGCUUGGGACACUGCCGAUAUCCGCCGCAGAUCUGGCAGUUGAGACGGCAAGAGAUAAGACCGCGCAGUCGGCGAUGUGGCUUGGAAGGUACGAAAACUAGUACAGGAGCCGGACACGGGUUGAGAACAACGCACAUCUAACCAGUCGUGGGAUUGCCCCAGCUUGUGUAAAUGAAGAAAGCGGCAGCGAG